AUGGGCCAGUCUCAGUCGACGGGCUCCAAGGCCCAGGACACCCAAGCACAACAGUCGGAGCAAAAGACGGAUUACUAUGAGCUUCUAGGGAUCACUAGGGCGGCAACCGACGACGAGAUCAAGAAGGCAUACCGAAGAAAAGCAUUGGAGUUGCACCCUGACCGCAACUAUGGAAAUGUCGAGGAGGCCACCAGGCUGUUCGCCGAGAUCCAGUCUGCAUAUGAGGUCCUUGCAGACCCCCAGGAGCGUGCAUGGUACGAUUCCCAUAGUGACGUGUUCCUAGGCACGAAUGGCGCUUCCGAAGAUCAACAUUCCUACAAUAUUCGCGUGACCACGGCGGAGGAUGUUCUUAAGGUCUUUUCCAGAUUCAGCCCUCGAAUGGAGUUCUCCGACUCGCCCGCUGGAUUCUUUGGAGGGCUGCAGGAGCAGUUUGCCCAAUUGGCGCUGGAAGAGCGACUGGCCUGCCAGUGGGAAGAUCAGGAUAUGGUGGAUUAUCCAGCCUUUGGAUCGCGCGACGACGACUUUGAGACGGUGGUGCGUCCCUUUUACGCAGCAUGGAGCGGGUUCUCUACCUGCAAGUCCUUCGCUUGGAAGGAUGCCUAUCGGUACUCUGAGGCUCCCGAUCGUCGAGUUCGCCGGAUGAUGGAAAAGGAGAACCGGCGCCUGCGAGAAGAUGCCAUUCGGGAGUUCAACGAUGCAGUCAGAUCUCUUGUGGCUUUUGUCAAGAAACGGGAUCCCCGGUAUAAAGCCAAUGCUCAGAAUGACGCCCAGCGCCAAGAAACUCUUCGACAGUCUGUGGCGGCUCAGGCAGCCAGGUCAAGGGCCCAGAAUCAAGCCAAGAUGGGGGACUUUGUUCUUCCGGAAUGGGCACGGUCUGAUGAACAUGGGAUCGAGGAGGAUGAAGAGAGUUCGGAGAGUGAGAUUGAGAGCUUUGAAUGUGUUGCAUGCAACAAACAGUUCAAAAGCCAAAAGCAAUUUGAAGCUCACGAACGAAGCAAAAAGCAUCUCAAGGCUGUCAAACAACUGUGUCGGGAUAUGCGGAUGCAGAACGACGAGCUAGACUUGGAGCCUACGGUUUCUACUACCAUUUCCCCCGAACCAGUCCCAAUAUCCCUCGAGGUUCCCACGGGCAGUACCAGUGAUGCAGACAACGGUGAUUAUCUUGCAGACUCGCCCACCACGGUACAACAGGAUAAGCCUAUUCGGGAAUCGAUCGAAAGUGAUGCCGAAGCUCAAACUGACGAGGACGGCUCGUCCUUUUCGAAUAAGCACGAUGAUCAGUCAUCUUCCCGGGACUCUCAACCAACGAGAAGAGACUCACUCAAUUCUCUUGAUGAAGACUAUGCCUCUAGAGAAUCUGUCGAGACCAGACUUCGCUCCGAUUUCGAUCCUAGUCCCAGCAAUGAUCCUAUCACUCCCCUCACCGAGCAAUUGUCGUCUGCCGGCCUCGGUGACGAACCAUACGUUUCUCCUCAGGUUGGAAAAGCCAAGCAGAGACGGGCCAAAAAGGCAGCUCGUAAUUCCGAACAAUCUGUGGGCAUUGCGUGCACAAAUUGUCAGGCAAGCUUCCCGUCGAAGACACAGUUGUUUGCGCAUCUUAAAGAUAACCCAAAACAUGCACAGCUGCUAAAGGCGGGUAGCAGGAGUAAGAAACGAUGA